AUGCCUGACACAAUAAUGUCCAAGGAGCCCACUUCCAACCUGGAAAGCGCCAUGCAGAUGCUGAUCAAAACCUUCCACAAGUACUCGGGGAAGGAAGGCGACAAGUACACGCUCAGCCGGGGGGAGCUGAAGGAGCUGCUUUUGGAGGAGCUGGGGAGUUACUUAGGGAACUCCAAAGAUAACGAGGCGGUGGAGAAGGUCAUGAACGACUUGGACGCCAACAACGACGGCGAGGUGGACUUCACCGAGUUCAUCAUCCUGAUGGGCGCCCUGACGGUGGCCUGCAACGACUUCUUCCUGGAGUUCAAGACGGACGACAAGCCCAAGGGGGGCGAGGCGGCGGAGUAG